UUUUUUUUUUCUUUUCUUUUCUUUCCUUCUCUCUUUCUUUCUUUCUCUCUUUCUCUUUUGCCGCGUUGGUGCUUUUAUUCCCAUUCUUUUUAUUUUAGCUAUUACUUUGUAUCUGGCGUUGUAUACAAAGCAUUAUGUCUGUACAGGAACAGCAUUUGAAUCAAAAGUUCCCGUCGGACAACGACAUUCCUUCACCACCUACUUCUGAUAAUGAACACGACUUUUCCCUUACAGACUUAUUACAACCCACUAUGACACUGGACCAGAUAAAGAUUAUCGAGAUGGCUUUGGCAAAAAUCAAAAGUAAACGUGAUGCGUUAUUAUCAAGUGAACAACAAGGUAAACUAUUAUACAAAAUAAGUGAUGACAACACGUUCUUCCUUUUUUUUUUUAUCUGUCACUUAGAGUAUGGUUGAACUGAUAUAUAAAAUACUUUUUUUUUUUGUAACACCCAACAAUAGGUGGUAGUACAAUUCCUUCUUAUGAUUGGGCUAUGGUUGCGAAACAAAUGGCUAAAGCUUUGACCACUACUUGUCAUAAGCAAUCUAUCAAGACAUCCUCCUCCAAUAUGCUCUCCUCUUCCUCCUCAAUCAUCACACCUCCUGCAUCUACAACGUCUUCUUCUACAACCACGACUGAUAACUCCACUAACAAAAUCACGACGCCCAACACCUCUUCAUCUGUCACGACCGAAUCACCUUCUAAGCCACUAAACCCCGCGUCCACCUUUACAACUCCUCCAGCUUCUCCUCCGGCUUCUUCCUCAUCGACUUCCAUCAAUGAUUCAGUUACCGACAAUAAACCAACUUCUGUAGAACCUAUGACUGAAAUCAAAGAUGGUGUAGAAUGGGUCAGUUUUGUAUAUUCUCAUCAUCGUGUGGUUAGACGUUAUCGUAUUAGAACGGAUUUGGAUACUGUACAAGUUAGUGAUUUAGAUGAAAAAUUUAAAAGUGACAAUUGUGUUUAUCCAAGGGCCAAUUUACCAAGAGAAUCAUAUCAAGGAAAUCGAUGGGCUUAUGAAACUGAAUGUAACACAUUGGGAUGGAAGUUAGCUCAUUUGAAUAUGGACGAAAUUGCUGGCAAACGUGGCUUGAUUCAAAGAGCAGUAGAUUCCUACCGAAAUAGGUAUCCAAGUAUGCGAUCUCGUAGGGUGGCACGACAAGAAAAACUUUUAAAGGGAACUUUACGAAAACGGAAACAAUCACCAACUUCGGAAGAUGAUGUAGAUGGUCUUCCUUGCAAGGUAUCAAAUAUUCAUUCCUCAUCUAACAAUAAUGAUUCAACAACAACAUCAUCAUCAUCAACAACAACAACAACAUCAUCAACAUCCAAGGCCACUCCAUGUUCAAAAAUACCCAAGAUAUACCCCUGUCAUGAAAAAACCAAGGCUCAUCCGAAAACAUUGACGAUCGAGGAUCAUGGUGUUAAAUGUCGUGUUCGUAUCAAUAUUGAAUCUGUUGACUUGAACCUUAUCGAUGACAACUUCCGAAGAAACAACUGUGUAUUUCCUCGUGCUAUGAAUUUGACCUCUUCUAAUAAUUUGACUCAACGACGACAGGAUGAAGCAAAAUGCAAUGAAAUUGGAUGGAAAUUGGCUUGGCUCAAUCCCAAACAUUUGGCCAAUAAAAAGAAUUUACUUCAACGUAUUCUGGAUAUUUAUCGUACAAAAUUUGUUCCACAUUUGACUCCUCGACAAUCACCACGCACACCUAAACAGUCUACACCCACUGAAAAUAAACCAACUCCUUUGACAACCGAAGCAUUAGCAGCACAUCAUCAACAACAAGAACAAUUGGCAGCAAAGAAUGGAUUAAGUAACAACAGUGUUCGCUAUGUUUGCAAAAAGAAGGAAGAUGAUGAUGAUAAUGAUACGAUUUAUACUGGAACAACCGACUCUUUAGAUUUUAGGGAUUGUUUCUCACCUCCUCCAGAAACGACCACCACUAUGGAUGAUCUCUCUACAUUUGAUGAUCCGCUUUUGGUACCUAUACUAGCUACGGACCUUACUGAUUUCAACACUUUGACUGUUCCUCCUCCACCUCCUAUGAUGGGUGACGAAUAUUUUGAAUCGGUUUUGGAUCCUUUGGCAUCUCCUCCACCACAAUCUCUUUCUGCAACGUUGACCUCUUCUUCUGAUCUUAUGGAUGAUACAAGCUGUCAUCUUAGUGUAGGUAGUUGUCAAAAUUCUCCUCCUCAUCGGUAUACUUCCCUUGGGCCUUUAUGUGAAGAUACGUUUAUGGAUCCAUUUGUAUUGACCACAGAAGAUCAUUCAUCUCAUUCUUCUGCCGAUGUAUAUAUGUUUGAUACCAAGUCUACAACAUUUUCACCACUUCCUACCGAUAUUUUUGCAGCGCAAGAUAUGGAUUGGACUCCUGAUGUAGAGGAUUGUAUGUUAGCGGAUUUACAUUCGGAUGUUCUAGUACAUCAACUCUUUUUGGCUUGAUAUUUUUCAUUCUUUUUUUAUUUAUUUAUUUAUUUAUUUUAUAUAUAGAAUUCUUUAUUUCUCUUCCCCCCAAAAAAAAAUCACAUUCAUUUACUUUGUAC